UGGCAUGGCUUCUCCGCAGUGCGCGCAAGACCACUCUCGUUUUGCUCCGGGCAAUGUUCUCGUCCCCAAACCACUCCAUCGGCCCAUCUUGCUCGCAGGGAACCAAACACAAGAGGGCAGUCCCUCCUAUAUAAAUGCAAGCGCGGGAUGGAUCGUAUUCAACAGCGAUCACGUCCUUGAGUCAGUAGAGCGGAGAGGGGAGUUAGAAAGAUCAGCAAUGGCGAAGUUUUCUAACAGUGCCAUAGUUCUCCUAAUGUUGCUCAUCGCAGCAUGGAGGACGACGCCGGCGAUGUCCCAUUUCAGGAUGGGCAAGCCACCAGCCGAGCCGGAGCUGGACUACGGAGGCCGGGUGAAGAAUGAGAAGAAAACAGGCCCGUAUGAUCCAGAGUUUAAGAAGGCGGCUGGUGAGGCUGCACUCUUGAUCAGGGCCAAGCAAGAGAUGACGAAGCGCAUGGUGAAACACAUCGAGACCAUCGCCUCCAGCGCGAAAAUCGCGAUCCACCUGAAGCUGGUGCUGUUGAUCAAGUCGGCGGAGUUCAUGAGGGCCAUGGCCGGAGAGGUCGCGGACCAGAUGUUCGUCGUCAGCCAGCAGCACGCCAGCGUCGCGGCCGCCGACAUCGUGGCGGCGCUCAGGUUCCAGCAGGAGAUCCUUAAGAAGGCCGCCGAACGCUGCAAGGCCAUCUCCAGCGACGUUGCCAUGGCACAGAAGAUGAAGCAUGAGAUGCUCAAGGGCGUGGCGCACGACCUCUGCAAUGUCGCAGGAAACAUAGCCAUCAGCAUGUCAUCGAUGGCUGAGAUGGCAAUGAGCGUGUCUGGUCGGGUAGUAGUUGGUGUCGAUGUCAAAGUCCAUACUGACAUGGAGAGCCGAGCUCUGGCUAAAGUUGAAGCUGAAGCUGUCGCUGAAGCUCAAGCUCUAGACAAAGCCGAAGGCGAAGCCGUUGCUGGGGCUGAAGGAGAAGCUAAAAAAGGCAAGAGCGGCGGUGUCAGCGCUGGUGGCGACGCCGGAGGAUAUGCAGGUGGCAAAACCGAUGCUGAUGCAACUGCUUCUGGUGGCAAAAUCGAUGCCGGUGCUGGAGCUGGUGGCGAUGCGAGCGUUUCUGGAGGCGCAAAGAUAGGAGGUGGUGUAUCUGGAGGCGCAAAGAUAGGAGGUGGUGCGUCUGGAGGUGCAAAGGUUGGCUCUGAUGUAGGAGGAUCUGUUGGUGGGGGUGCUGACGUCAAUGCUGGAGCUGGAGCUGGAGCUGGUGCUGAUGCCGGUGUCUAUACUGUUGCUAAGGGUAAUAAGGCAGGUGGAAGUGAUGCUAAGGCUGAUAUUUCGGGGGGUGCUAAAGCUGGUGGUGAUGCUGGAGCAGAUGCUAGCGCUGGUACCGGUGCUGGUGUAGGCAUCUCCAAGAGUUUCACGAUUGGCGGUGGCGUUGCAGGAAAGGCUGGCGGGAGUGGCAACGCUGAAGCUGGUGUCGAUGCUGGUGUUGGAGGAAAGGCAGGAGAGAGUGGGAAGGCAUAUACCGGAGCUGAUGCUGUUGUCUCCAAAGACGCCAAAGUUGGUGGUGGCGCUGGAGGAAGUGUGGGAGGGAGUGGCAAUGCUGGCACUAGCGCUACCGUAGGUGCUGGUGUCUCAGGAGACGCUAAAGUUGGUGGUGGCGUCGGAGGAAACGUGGGAGGAAGUGGCAAGGCAUAUACCGGAGCUGAUGCAGGUACAAGUGUUUCGAGCGGAGGAUCUGCUGGCGCCGAUGCGGGUACCGGUGCUACCGUGGGUGCUGGUGUCUCCAAAGACGCCAAAGUUGGUGGUGGCGUCGGAGGAAGUGUGGGAGGGAGUGGCAAUGCCUAUACCGGAACUGGUGCCGGCGUUUCUAGUGGAGGAUCCUCCGGUGGCGCCGAUGCUGGCGCUGGCGCUACCGUAGGUGCUGGUGUCUCGGGAGGCGCUAAAGUUGGUGGUGGCGUUGGAGGAAACGCGGGAGGAAGUGGCAAGGCGUAUACAGGAACCGGUGCCGAUGCGGGUGUUUCCGGUGGAGGAUCCGGUGGCGUCGAUGCUGGUGUCUCCGGAGGCGCCAAAGUUGACGGCAACAUUGGAGGAAAAGCGGGAGGGAGUGGAAAUGCAUAUACUGGAGCUGAUGCAGGUACAAGUGUUUCAGGUGGAGGAUCCGGUGGCGCCAGUGCAGGUACCAGUGCUACCGUGGGUGCUGGUGUCUCCGGAGGUGCCAAAGUUGGUGGUGGCGUAGGAGGAAAUGCAGGAGGAAGUGGCAACGUCUAUACUGGAACCGGUGCCGAUGCAGGCGUUUCUGGUGGAGGAUCCGGUGGCGCCGACGGUGGUAUUGGAGCUAACAUAGGUGCUGGUGUCUUCGGAGGCGUCAAAUUUGGUGGCGGCGCCGGAGGAAGUGUAGGAGGAAGUGGCAGUGCUGCUGCAGGUGCUUCUGGAGGGAGUAAAUCAUCGGGGGGUGGCUCAGAUUUUGGAUAUGGUUCAGCGAGCAAGGAGUUAUAGAGGAUGAUGACCACUCACCACCGUAAGAUCGAUAUGAUCCGUCCCAAGGAAUUUAUUCCUGCCCUUUUUGUUAUCGCGUGUUGUUUUAUUACCACGCACCAGUCAAUAGUGUGGAGGCAAUAUACAUUGAUUCCCCUUGACUGGACAAUACAAAGAUAACCUUAUGUAUUUCAUUUUUGCUUACUUAACAUUGCCAUGUAAACCAGAAUAGCUGAGGCUUAUUCUCAUGAUAAACAUGACAUUUAUUUUACGGCUUCA